AUGUAUCCCUACAAAGACUUUGCUGGGAUGAGGCCACGACCAGCAAUGGACAACGAUACACGGAGGCUUGUCGUGAGCUUUACGCUUUGCCUCAUGUCCUUUCUGGCUUGUGAGGGAAGUCCACAGAAAGGCAAUGCUUCCCAGCUGCACUUCACCUAUCCUCUCUAUAACACCACAAUCUAUGAAAAUUCACCUCCCAAAACCUAUGUGGAGAGCUACGUCAAAAUGGGCAUUUAUAUCACAGACCCAGCAUGGGACGUCAAAUACAGAAUUGCUUCUGGAGACACCAGUGGCCUGUUCAAAGCUGAGGAGUAUAUUGUUGGAGAUUUCUGCUUUUUGAGGAUUAGAACUAGAAGUGGUAAUACAGAUCGACUGAACAGGGAGUUCAGAGACAAGUACAUGCUAAUAAUCCAAGCCAUGGAGAAGACCUUUUCCUACGAGGCUUGGACCAAAGUACUGAUCCACAUCCUUGACAGAAAUGACUUGAAGCCUCUGUUCUCGCCCCCUUCUUAUAAAGUGACCGUUCAAGAAGACACGCCCCCUAAAACCGUGAUUGGUGUGGUCAGUGCCACAGAUGCAGACAUUGGCCAGAAUUCAGGGUUCUAUUACGCAUUAAACACACGGUCACCGUUGUUUACAAUUCACCCCACCAGUGGGGUAGUGAUGAAUGCUGUGAGACUGAAUGCCACCCACAGAGGGGAGCACCGCUUGAAAGUCUUGGCUGUGGACAGAAUGAGGAAGAUCUCUGAAGGAAAUGGCUUUGGCAACCUGGCCAGUCUCACAGUCCAAGUGGAACCCUCUCUCAGGAAGCCCCCUGUGAUUUCUUCGGUGGCAGUGAGGUCGUUAGCGUCUUCUGAGGAUCUCCUCUAUGCUACCCUGCGUGUGGAAGAAGACGGCUCAGGAGCUGGGGUCGAGUCAGUUGACAUUGUGGGUGGAGACCCAAGAAAGCAUUUCAAAUUGAUCAGAUCAUAUGUAGGAAGUAAUGAGUUCCUGAUAGUGUCAGCCAAAGAGAUCAAUUGGAACGAUAGCCCUCAUGGUUUCAAUCUCAGCCUGCAGGCUAAGGACAAGAACAAACCACCACUUCUUUCUCCAGUUGUAGUUGUUCAAAUACUGCCUUCAAAAUACAUUUCUGCCAGAUUUGAAAAAGAUACAUAUCAAGUGCAGCUCAGUGAAUUUGCACCUCCCGGAAGUCACGUUGCUUUGGUUCAAAUGAUUCCGGCUCUCACAAAUCUAAAAUACAUUCUGAAACCUAGUUCCGACAGCACACGCUUUAAAAUCAAUGCACAAACUGGUCUGAUAACUACAGACAAGUGGAUGGAUUUCCAGGAACAGUCCCACUUUGAACUGGAAGUUGUGAGCAGUUACAGCCAGCUCUCUGUCAGAGUCAUUGUUGACAUCGUGGACUGCAACAACCAUGCUCCAAGGUUUACCCAGCCUCUGUACCAGGGCAGCGUCGAUGAAAAUCUGCCUCCUGGCACCAGUAUCCUCUCCAUAAGGGCUACAGACAGUGACUCCGGGGAGAACGGGCUCAUCACCUAUACCAUAGCCAACCAGAGAGCCGCUCCGUUUGUCAUCGAUCCGUUUUCAGGCGUCAUCUCCACCUCCAAGCUAAUGGAUUAUGAGUUAAUGCAGAGGCGGUACCACCUGCGUGUGUGGGCAUCAGAUUCGGGGUCUCCUUUUCGCCAUCAGACGGACGUUGAUGUGUCCCUCACACUGAGCAACCUAAAUGAUAACAUUCCCAUGUUUGAGAAGAUUAACUGCAAUGGGACUGUGCCAUGGGACUUGCCCGUGGGGCACUCUGUGGUCACAGUGUCGGCCAUUGAUGUAGAUGAGCUGCAGCAUGUAAAGUAUGAAAUCAUAGCUGGCAAUGAAAGGCAGCUCUUUGAAUUGGAUUCUGUAUCUGGGGUGAUUUCUGUUAGAGCUCCUCUCCGAGAUCUCUACGCUGGACUACCAACCUUCUACACUCUCAAAAUUACUGCUACGGAUGGAGACAACUAUGCUUUCCCAACAUGUGUAAACAUCACUGUCGUCAACCAAGAUACUCCAGUGUCCUUUCAGUGUGAAGAAACUGGGGUGCUGAAUGAGGUGAAGAGGACAAUGAGCCACUCCACUGGCUUCCAGUCUACAGAGCAAAACCCAGAUGAAGAGUCCUCCUUGAAUGUCUAUCUUAUAAACCGCCAUGCACCACAGUUUGAUGACUCCUUCCCACGAUCGGUUGAUGUUGUGGAGACAGUACCAGUCAACUCAAGCAUUGCUCAGCUAACAGCAGUGGACCGUGAUACUGGCUUCAAUGGAAAGAUGGUCUAUGUAAUAUCUUCUGGAAAUGAGGACAGCUGCUUUUAUAUUGACACAGAAACAGGUCUCCUUCUAGUAUCCUCUCCUUUAGACUAUGAAAGAACAACUUUCUAUGUACUGAACGUCACAGUAUAUGACCUUGGCAAUCCUCAGCUGUCAUCCUGGAAGCUACUCGCAGUAAACAUUCUGGAUUCAAAUGAUAAUGCACCUACAUUUUUGCAAAGCACCUACUUGGUUACUAUACCAGAGGAUGUAAAAAUAGGCACAACAGUCACUGCAGUACAAGCAAAUGAUGCUGAUACAGAUGACAAUGGGAGAGUGAAAUACUCCUUUCUAGCAGCCACUGAUAAAUUUGCCAUCAACAGUAUCACUGGAGAAGUAGUAGUGACUGCUUCACUGGACAGAGAAUUAUGGCCUCACCAUGUCCUGAAAAUUGAGGCCAGAGACCAACCACAAACAGGCCACGAGCUCUUUGCAAUUGCUGAUCUGGUUAUUUCCUUGGAAGAUGUAAAUGACAACUCUCCACGUUGCAUCCCAGCCUUGAGCAAGCUGAAGGUUCCUGAGGAUCUGCCCCUUGGGACGACUCUGCUGUUCCUGGAAGCCUUUGAUCCAGAUAUCAGCUCUGGGGGAGAGCUGAAGUACAGUCUCUUCAGUGAUGAUGAGAAUAUGUUUCAUCUGAAUGAGCUCACGGGAGCGUUGGUCUUGGAAAAGGAACUAGACUACGAGCAGAGGGACUUUUACAAUCUGUCUGUGGAGAUCAGUGAUGGUGGGAAGCCCCGUUCUCUCUCUUCCCUCUGCCAUGUUGAGAUUGAGGUUUUGGAUGUCAAUGAAAACUUGCAUCCUCCUCGCUUUGAUUCAUUUGUGUAUGAAGGGUCAGUGAAAGAGAACAGCCAAGAGGGAACAGCUGUGAUGAGAGUGAUAGCUCAAGAUGGCGAUAAAGGGAAGGAUGGUGAAAUCCAGUACUUCAUCCGAGAGGGAACAGAUCUGGGUAUCUUCAGUCUUCAAAAGGACACAGGUAUAAUCUUUAUCACAGGGCCACUUGACAGAGAAUCCAGGUCUCAUUACUGGCUGACAGUGCUGGCUGUUGAUCAAGGAUCAGUCCCUCUGUCUUCCGUAGUUGAAAUUUACAUUGAAGUCACUGACGUAAAUGACAAUCCGCCCCAGAUGUCCCAUCCUGUCUAUUAUUCCUCUGUCAUGGAGAAUUCACCAGCCAAUACCUCCAUCCUUCAGGUUGAGGCCACUGAUCCAGAUUCUGGUUCCCAAGGGAAGCUGACUUUCCAUAUCAUCAAUGGAAACCAUCUAGGAUUGUUUGCCAUUAAUCCUAUCACUGGUCUGAUUUAUACCACUUCCCAAGGGCUAGAUCGGGAAAACAAGGCUGAACAUAUCUUGGAGGUCUCCGUUUCAGACCACGGGGAGCCAACCCUGAAAAGCACUAGCCGAGUUGUAAUCCAGGUCAUGGACGUCAAUGAUAACGCCCCCAACUUCUCCCAAAAAUUCUUCAUGGUCCAGCUCCCAGAGAGAACCGCAUCUGAGACUUCUGUUCCAGUCUACAGGGUGACCGCCGCAGACCGUGAUGCGGGGCUGAACGGCCAAGUCACUUACAGCCUCGAAGAAAAUGACGAGGGGUUCUUCAGCAUCCACCCCGUGACGGGCGUGGUGUUCUCCAAAAAGGCCUUUCCUGCCCAAGAAUAUAGCAUACUCACGAUCAAGGCGACUGAUGGCGGCAGCCCCCCUCUUUCCUCCAGCGUGAGGCUUCACAUCGGCUGGAUCCCUAAGCCCCUCCUGUCCUCAGAGCUGCUCGAGUUUGAUGAGCCGCAUUUCAACUUUGCAGUCAUGGAAACAGACCCCGUGAACCACUUGGUGGGAGUGAUCGGUGUGGAAGCUGGGCUCAGCCAGCUCUGGUUCGACAUCACAGGUGGCGAUGAUGAAAUGGAUUUUGACAUCGAGAAGAGCACUGGCAGCAUUGUGGUUGCACGAGCCCUGGAUGCAAAGAGAAAGUCAAACUACAGCCUCUCCGUGGAAGCCACCGAUGGGUUCAGCACCAUCAAGACGCAGGCCUAUAUCCAUGUGAUUGACAUCAACCAGCAUAGCCCACGGUUCUUGGAGACCCUGUACGAGGUGCAUAUCCCAGAAGACACACCUCCAGGGACCGAAUUCACUUCCGUCAGUGCAACAGAUAAGGACCCUGGGAAAGGACUGAUCUAUACCCUUCAGAGCAGCCUGGAUCCCAGAAGCAUGAAGCUCUUCCAGAUGGACCCAAGCAGGGGCACCCUCAUGACUGUGGCAGGGCUCGACUCCCGAGCUGUACCGCUGCACACCUUGACAGUGAUGGUGCGAGACCAGGAGGUUCCGAUCAAGCGAGAUUUUGCCAGAGUUGUCAUCCACGUGGAGGACUGCAACAGCCAUCCUCCCCAGUUCUCCAGCCUCCACUACAAGGCAGAUGUUCUGGAUGUCGCUCCAGUAGGCACAGAGGUCGUGCAAGUCCGAGCCCUGGAUCAAGAUCGCGGCAUUAAUGCAGAAAUCCUCUACUCUCUUGAGGCUGGGAACAAUGGGGACUUUUUCACCAUAAACAAACUCUCUGGAAUUAUUACAGUUUCUCAGAAGCUAGAUCGAUUGAAGCAAGAGAGAUUCACUCUCACUGUGAAGGCAGAAGAUCAGGGAUUUCCCCCGCUGAAGGAUCUGGCAACUGCGAACAUUUACAUCAAGCGCUCUGAUGGCACACCUCCACAAUUUACGGAGGAGGAAUACGUUGUAGAGAUCAGUGAAUCUGCUGCCAUUGGCUCUCCUGUUGUCCUUGUUUCUGCCACAAGCCUUUCCUCUGUCACCUACAAAAUAAUAGAAGGAGAUGAGAAUGGCUUCUUUUCUAUCAACUAUCAAUCUGGACUUAUUUCUAUACAAAGGAGCCUAGAUUUUGAACAGGCUUCGUCUUACCAGCUAAAAAUCCGUGGUACCAACAUGGCAGGAUCCUUUAUGGAUGCUCUGGUGUUUGUUUAUAUCAUAGAUGAGAAUGACAAUGUCCCUGUCUUUGAGAAGGCUUCCUUUGUUGGCUGGAUCAAUGAGAAUGUCCCAUUGGGUAGUAUGGUUAUGGAUGAAAACAAUGCACCAUUAGUGAUAUGUGCAUCUGAUGACGACCAAGAUUCUAAUGCAUUGUUAGUCUAUGAGAUUUUGCAGCCAGAGGCACAGUUUUUUUUCAAAAUAGAUCCAAGCAUGGGCACUCUUACGACUUGUGCUGAUAUUGACUACGAGCGUAUCCCAGUUUUCCACUUCAGUGUGCACGUCCAUGACAGCGGCAACCCCACUUUGUUUGCAUCCAAGCCCGCGGAAGUCACCAUUUAUGUCAAAGAUACAAACGACUGUCCUCCAGUAUUUGCCAAAGCUAUGUACCAACUUUCAGUAGGGCUUCCUGUUCACCAGGGCAUGGAACUUUGUACAGUGCAUGCCAAAGACGUAGACUCAGAGAUCAUCUACAGCAUAGCAGAAGGGAAUCAUGACCGCAUGUUCGAUAUCCACCCAACAACUGGUGCCAUCUCUGUGCUGAACACGACCAGCUUGGGAAGUGAUCUUGAACUCACUGUUCAAGCAGGAGAUAGUUUAUUUACUACUAGUGUUUUGGUAAGGAUACAUUUUAUUGAACCAAGAGAAAGUACCUUAAAAUUUGUUCAAGAUUUAUAUCCAGCAACCGUGAAGGAGAACUCCAGUGAUAUCCAAAGUCUGGUUGUUCUUAGUGUCACUGGAAAUCAGUUGAACGAGCCCCUUGUUUAUUCGGUCAUGAAUGGCACAGAAAGGUUCAGGAUGAUCCAGUCCUCAGGGGUGCUUCAGACCAAGGGUGUGGAAUUUGACCGUGAAACUCAGGACAUGUAUGAGAUUGCAAUAGAGGUGAAGGAUGGUAGAAAUCCACCAAGGGUGUCUCAAUCAAUAGUAAAAAUACAUGUGGAUGAUGUGAAUGACAAUCCACCCCAUUUUGAAAAUGUGCCUUAUUAUGUAGCGAUACCGGAUGGCUGCGAGCCAGGUGAUGUCAUUUUUCAGGUUUCCGCAACUGACCGGGAUCUGGGAAAUAAUGGAGUCAUUUUUUACUCUUUUGUGGAAGAUUACAAGUAUUUCUGGAUUGACCCCUACAUAGGGGACAUUUCACUCAAGAAACCCCUUGAUUAUCAAGCUUUAAAUAAAUACACCCUCAGAGUCAUUGCCAGAGAUGCUGGUGAGCCAUCUUUACGUGCUGAAGAGGAGGUUGUAGUCAUGGUGCGUAACAAAUCCAACCCCCUGUUCCAGAGCCUCUUGUAUACCGUUAAGGUGCCAGAAAACAUUCCAUUCUACACACCUGUUCUCCAUAUCCAGGCUCGGAGCCCUGAAGGGUUGCGCUUAAUUUACAACAUUGUGGAAAAAGAAGCCCUUAAAAUGUUCAGCAUUGAUUUCAAGACUGGUGUGCUUAUGGUCACUAACCAACUAGAUUAUGAAUCGAACACAAAACAUGCCUUUACCGUCAGAGCAACAGACACUGCAGUGGGUGCCUUUUCAGAAGCAAUGGUAGAAGUAGAGGUUGAGGAUGUCAAUGACAAUUUCCCUGAAUUUUCUCAGGUGGUUUAUACUGCAUCCAUCUAUGAAGGUAUGCCAGCUCAGGCACCUGUUGUACAACUCUUUGCUACUGACAAGGAUUCAGGGCGGAACAAAGUUAUUUCCUAUCAGAUCUUGGAGGACCGUUCAGAUGUGUCAAAGUUCUUUCGUGUUGAUGCCAGCACAGGCGAAAUAACAACAACCCAGACUCUAGAUUAUGAAGCCAACCAUGAGUUUCACAUCAAAGUUAGAGCCACAGACCAUGGGGUGCCUCCUCUCAGCAGUGACACCCUUGUGAUCGUCCAUGUGUUGGACGUCAACGACAACCCACCCAAGUUCAGUCAGUUUCAAUAUCAAGCUAAUGUGAGUGAAAUGGUCACCUGUGGUCACACUGUGAUAAAAGUCCAGGCUUCUGACCCAGACAGUAGGGACACCCCUCGACUGGAAUAUCUGAUCCUUUCAGGAAAUGAGAAAAGGCAUUUCACCAUUGACAGCACUUCCGGGAUCAUUUCCACACUGAAUCGUUGUAAAAAGAACCUGGACUCUUUUUACAGUCUCAAGGUCUGUGCAUCUGAUGGCGUGUUUAAGACAGCUGUGCCAGUCUACAUCAAUGCCACAAAUGUAAAUAAGUACAGCCCAUCAUUUCAGCAGGACGUGUAUGAAGCAGUCCUGGCUGAAAAUGCUAAGGUAGGGACCAAGGUAAUUGAGUUGUUAGCUGUUGACCCCGAUGAUGGACUGUAUGGCACAAUAGAUUACACCAUCAUCAACAAGCUUGGCCGAGAGAAAUUUGCAAUCAAUGACAAGGGGUACAUUAAAACGCUGCAGAAACUGGACAGAGAAAAUUCCACAGAGAGGGUCGUUGCCAUUAAAGUCAUGGCCAAGGAUGGGGGAGGAAAAGUGGCAUUCUGCACUGUCAAAAUCAUACUCACAGAUGAAAAUGACAAUCCACCUCAGUUUAAAGCUUCUGAAUACAUCUUGUCCAUCCAGUCCAAUCUGAGCAGAGGGUCCCCAGUCAUUCAGGUACUAGCUUAUGAUGCUGAUGAAGGUGUGAAUGCUGAUGUCACCUACUCUGUCGAUUCCGUGGAGGAGGUCAUCGCAGAGGAUGUGAUUGAGAUUAACACAGCCACAGGAGUAGUUAAAGUCAAGGAGAGUCUUGAUGGGCUAGAAAACAGAACAGUGAACUUCAGAGUCAAAGCUGAAGAUGCCAGGCCUCCGCACUGGAGUUCUGUUGUUCCAGUGAACCUUCAGGUUGUCCCAAAGGAAGUGUCUUUGCCAAAGUUUUCUGAGCCACUCUACACAUUCUCAGCGGCGGAGGAUCUCCCAGAGGGAUCAGAAAUAGGAUCAGUUAGAGCUGUGGCAGAUGACCCCAUCAUUUACAGUCUAGUAGAAGGAACCACUACUGAAAGUAAUAAAGAAGGGACAUUCUCCUUGAAUAGGCAAACAGGGGCCUUGACUAUCCAGAAGGCAAUGGACCAUGAGAAGAUGAAAUGGUACCAGGUGGAUGUUUUGGCCCAUUGCUCACACCAGGAUAUUGACUUGGUCUCUUUGGUAUCAAUAAACAUCCAUGUGAAAGAUGUCAAUGAUAACACACCUGUCUUUGAGGCCAAUCCCUACAGAGCCUUUGUCAUGGAGAACAUGCCAGCAGGGACUAUUGUCAUUCAGGUCACUGCCAAUGACCAGGAUACUGGAAGUGAUGGGCAAGUGAGCUAUAGCCUAGGAUCAGAGCCAAGCAACAUCAGAGAACUCUUUACCAUUGACAGCGAGAGUGGUUGGAUCAUGACACUUAAGGAGCUUGACUGUGAGCUCCAGGAAACCUACACCUUUUUUGUUGUGGCAACUGACCAUGGCAGAAAACAUCAACUUUCUUCUCAAGCCCUAGUGGAAGUCACAGUCACUGACGAAAAUGACAAUGCACCGCAGUUCACCUCUGAAAUCUACAAAGGGUCAGUUGUCGAGAAUGCUGAGCCUGGGCAGCUAAUUACCACCCUUGGAACACUAGACAGUGAUAUUUCAGAGCAAAACAGACAAGUCACGUGUUACAUCACUGAAGGAGAUGUUCUGGGGCAGUUUGGUGUUGACAAGGUUGAUGGAGAAUGGAGGAUCUUUUCCAAGAAGCCUCUGAACAGGGAAGAUACAGAAAAAUACCUGCUCAGAGUGGUGGUAUCUGAUGGAAAGUUCCAAGCGACAACAGAAGUUGAGAUUUCAGUCCUUGAUGUCAAUGAUAACAACCCUGAAUGCAAGCAGAUGCCAUACAAAGCAAAAGUUUCAGAAGAUGCACCUCAAGGGUUUUCUAUUCUGAAAGUGUCUGCCAUAGAUGUUGAUGUUGGCAGCAAUGGCCAGAUCAUUUAUAGUCUCCAUGGAUCUGGUGCUCAGGAGUUCAAACUGGACCCCUAUUCAGGAGAGCUGACCACUUUUGCCCCACUCGACCGUGAGCAGAAGCCAAAAUACUGGCUUGUUGCCAAGGCAACAGAUGGAGGAGGACGUUUUUGCCAAAUGGACAUAACCAUGGACAUUGAGGAUGCAAAUGACAACGCUCCAAGUUUUUUCCCCAGCCAUUGUACAGUGGCCGUCUUUGAUAACACCACAGUAAAGACGCCGGUUGCAGUUGUCUUUGCACGAGACCCAGAUGAAGGUCGCAAUGCCGAAGUGCUUUAUUCUCUCGCCGAGUCGGCAAAUGGCCAUUUCUCCGUAGAGGAGACAACUGGCGUGAUCCGCCUGGAAAAACCAUUGAAGGAGUCACAGAGACCUUCGCUGGAGCUGACUGUGCGUGCCACAGAUAGGGGGCUGCCACACUCUCUUUCUUCCCUUGCUACUGUGACCGUCUCUGUAGUAGAUCUGAAAGAAUACCUGCCGGUGUUCCUGGACACAGAAUACGUGGUCGUGGUGCAGGAAGACGCCACCGUUGGAACGGAGGUUCUGAAUCUGUCUACUUUGACAAGGGAUAGUGCUAAGGGCACGGAGAUUAAGUAUGACAUUACGAGUGGAAAUGAUCAGGGGAAGUUCACGCUCCAUUCCAACACAGGCAUCCUGUCUGUCAAUGGAAGUCUUGAUUUUGAAGUUAGCCAUGAAUAUUACUUGUCUAUUGAGGGUACCAGAAAGGGCUCUACCUCUCUCAGUGACAUAACCAUGGUCGUGAUCAACAUCACAGACAUAAAUGAUCACAUGCCAACAUUCAGCCAAGAUCUCUACACUGCCGACAUCCAGGAGAAUGCUGCCAUUGGUGAACUGGUACUCAUGGUUUUAGCUGAAGACAAAGAUGGAGUGAUGAACAACCAGAUCACCUAUUCUAUUGUAACAGGGAAUUCACUGGGCCAUUUCGUCAUUGACCCCAAAGAUGGACAGAUCCAGAUCGCCAAGCACUUGGACAGGGAAGAGAUAUCCAGCUACUCUCUUCAAGUCCGAGCCACGGACAAUGGACAGACGGCUCUUUUCAGCGAUGCCACUGUGCUCAUUCGGGUGUCUGAUGUCAAUGACAACCCUCCUAGGUUCUUCCAACUCAAUUACAGUGUGACCGUUCAGGAGAGUUCUCCAGUUGGUACCAGUGUCCUGGAGCUGAUCAUGAGUGACAGAGACUCCUUGGAAAAUGGGCCACCAUUCUCUUUCCACAUCACUGAGGGCAAUGAAGGAAAGGCAUUUCGGAUCAACCAGGAUGGAGUGCUGGUGACAUCAUCCAUCCUGAACAGAAGGGCAAGAGAGCACUACCUUUUGCAAAUCCAGGUCACAGACAGUGGGGUCCCUCCUCUCUCUUCAUCUGCAUUUGUAAAUGUCCAGGUGACACAGAAAAGCAUACACCCUCCUUCAGCCCUCCCACUAGAGAUUUUUGUCACUACUAACGAAAGAGCAUUCCGAGGUGGCGUUCUUGGUAAAAUUCAUGCCACAGACCGAGACCCUCAUGAUACCUUGCAGUACACCUUGGUGUCGCAAGCACCUGAAAAGAGACACUUCUCCGUGGGAGCCACAGAUGGGAAGAUAAUUGUUGGUGAUGGUCUCCCACAUGGCCAUUAUAUUCUGAAUGUAACGGUCAGUGAUGGCACCUUUGCAGCCACCACCAGUGUCCACGUCCAUGUGUGGUCCUUCAGCCAGGAAGCUUUGGAUAAAGCUGUGGUGCUACAUUUCCGUCACCUCACUGCUGAGGAAUUUAUAGGGGACCACUGGCGCAACCUGCAGAGGUUUCUGGGAAACAUCCUGGAAACUAGGCGGCAAAACAUCCACAUGGCUAGUUUGCAACCUUCUGGUGCUUCGGACGGUGUGGACCUCCUGCUCGCCAUCGGAGAACCUCGUCAUGCCUUGUAUAAGCCCAGCUUCAUUGGCAGCAGGAUCUCUCAGGCAGCCGCAGAGAUAGACCAGCGAGUGGGGCUACGAAUAAAGAAGGUGACCCACAUCCCCUGCCAUGAUGCAGACUGUGCCUCCCACCGGGUCUGCAGGGAGACAAUCCAGCUCGAUCCAGGCACGGUGUUCACUUACAGUACUGCCCGCCUCAGUGUGCUCACCCCUCGGCACAACCUGGAGCAAAUAUGUUCUUGCAACGGCACAGCUCUGCGGUUCAGUGGACACAGCUACCUCUGGUACCAUCACCAGGGGAAAAGGGACUGGCAGAUGCAGUUCCGAUUGCAAACUCACCAGCAGCAGGCGGUCCUUCUCACCACCAAUGGAAGCAACAGUGCUGUCCUGCAGCUUGUUAAUGGAAGGCCUCAUCUCGGGUACAGAUGUCGGAGCGGUUUCAGUGGCAACCUUUCAUCCAGCCAAUUUGUGAGUGACAGCACUUGGCACUCCGUCCUCCUGGAAGUGAAAAGCCAUUCCAUCCGUUUGCUUGUUGACGGCUCAGGAAAUGCCUCGCUGCAGCUGCCCGAGGCCUGCACCGUUGCCCAUUCCCGGCGAGACCUGCUCGUUGGAGGGCUCGUGCGGCAUCAUCAGGCUCAGCGGGUCACUGGGGGCUUUCGAGGUUGCCUGGAUGCCAUUGCAAUUGAUGGAAGAGAGCUGCUGGUUCUGCCCAAGGAAAAGCGGUCCAGAGGAGUCGUUGAAGAGGCAGGCAUCCGGCAGUGCUGCCCUCACACCGGCGUCUGCAGCAGCAGCCCCUGCCUCAACGACGGGCUGUGCGCGGAGAUGAAGGAUGGGGGUUAUUCUUGCAUCUGCCCCGUGCAGUAUUCGGGAUCCCACUGUGAAGUGACUGAGAGCGUUUGUGAAGGCAAGCCCUGUCUCCAUGGAGGGACUUGUGCCGUCUCUGAGAAGGGCGGCUACAUCUGCCAUUGCCCAGAGUGGUACUGGGGACAAAGAUGUGAAAAGGCUGCCGAGAAGUGCCUGGAGAACCCAUGCCUGAACGCUGGGCGUUGUGUGAAUGCCGAGGGCUCCACGUACUGCAUCUGCACGGAUGACUUCCAAGGGGCCUUCUGCGCACAGAAAACGGUCACUCCAAAUAUUAGCCCAUCCAACUGGCUCUUGGCACCUUGGGAGAUUGCCAUGAUUUCGGCUGGUGUGUUCGGCGUCAUCACCCUGGUGAUAGCAUUUGUAAUCCACAAAUGCUACUGCCGCAAAGUCAAGGCUCACAAACCAGUAGCCAAGGAAGACCCAGACCUGCUCUCCAAAAGCGAAUUCUCCAAAAGUGUUGGAGUUGGCACUCAAGCCUCCCCCCCCAUUGAACUCAACAUCCUCAGCGACGGGCACCACAAGCAUCUCAAUGCACUGGACACAGGCAAGCCUUCCAUCACACCAGAGUUCACCACCUUCAACACAAGCAAUCUCCAAAAGCAGCGGGGUGCCAUUGUGUGCAGUGUGGCCCCCAACCUGCCAGUUACUGCACCGUCGUCUAACUCUGAUAAUGAGUCUGUCAUCAAGAGCACCUGGGCUGGAGAAAAGAUGGUGUACCCAGGAGAAAUGACCUACUGGCCACCGAGAUACCAGCCACCAGAUAUCCAAGAGUACCACCAGUAUGAAGUUAUCGAAGGCCCCCGCCCUCCUUCGCCGUGCCAUCCAUCUCCUCCGUCUGUGGACUCCAGUUCGACUGGCCUUUACGGUGGCUUUCCUUUCCCGCUCGACCAAAGCAACAAGCGGGCCCCAAUCCCAGCCCGCUACAGCAACCAGAAUCUGGAAGACUUUUUGCCCCCUGGUCCUGCUGAGCUGCCUGCUUCCCAGUGUCAAAACGAAUACACUGCCAUUAGCUACUACCCUUCCCAGCUGGUAGAAAAUGAGGGGCUCCCUUACCAUGCCGACAGUGGGUUCAAGAGGGUGAGCAUGCGACUCAGCGUGGCCCAGCCCUCCUAUGCAGACUGCGAGGUGAGGCCUGCCUCCACUGCCAGGACUCAGGCAGACCCGCCUCCUCACUAUGAGGGCUCCGACAUGGUGGAGAGUGACUAUGGGAGCUGUGAAGAGGUGAUGUUCUAG